AUGGCUAAUGCUAUGUUUGUAGUUACUUUCUUGUCCAACAAGUUUGGCGGUUUACGUCUCGAAUUCAACGGUCAUCAAUACAUGAUCAAUUCUCGGAGAGGAGACCGACGCUACUGGAAGUGUGUGAUUCCGGAAUGUGCUGCCAGACUCAACACGCAUCAUGAGUUCAUCACAAAGUUCGUGCAUCACCACAACCAUGAACCAGAUGCCGUCGACGUUAAAGUAAGAAGAAUCAUGGAGAAAAUAAAACAGAGAAGCAAAGAAGAGACCAAACCAGUGCCAGCAAUCUAUAAGGAAGAACGAUGCCUUCUCCGAUCAGAGGAAUUCAUCGAAUUCAUCGGACAAUAAAUUAAGCACAUCUAUUUUUACAUUUAAAUAUAUGUUUUCUGAAAAUAUAAAUGCACAGUUAAUAAUAGUUUAUGCACACAGACCGAUCAUCCAAGGUGAAGAAGAUGAGAUGGUGCUUAAUUUAUUGUCCUCUGAUUUUUUUAUCAUGAGUAUCAAUUGCAAUAAAUGAGUGUGUAUGUAUUAUGAUGUAAAUAUUAAAAAGUCUUAUACUUUAUGAUAAAAAAUGACAUGUGUUGUAAGAUGAAUUAAAUAUAUUAAAUAUCAUUGCAAAUAAUGUGUUCUUGUUUCUUGUCCAUACCCCCGUUUUAUAAUACAGACUAUAGCAAUUAAGCAAUUAUCUCACCUGGUCAAAUUCCCGUUUCGCACACAUUUUUUUUAUACAA